CGACUGGCAUAACGCACUGAAACCAAAAACAAAUAAAGAAUGAAAAGGACUUCAGUAAAGCGCACGGGCAGCGCCAAAGCAUCCAGAAAGCUCCUGAAACCAGAGGUAGAAAAGUUUCGAAGAGGGAGAAUAAACAGCAGCCUGGAGAGACUGAGGAUGAUGCUGCUGCACUGGCCUGCCCAUCAGGGUUUGGCAAGUAAAAGAGUGGAGAAGGCUGAGAUCCUGGAGCACACAGUUUCAUUUAUGAAGGGCCACGGAGGCAAACAGGGAGAAGGCAAAGAGCAGCACUUCAGGGAUGGCUACGCUGCCUGCCUGCAGAAGGCUGCAGCUUUCCUGAGGGACAACGGUUUGAAUGGGGACCAGAAGGGAGACAAGGCACAGAGGAGGGCGUUUGCUGUCCAGCUCACUCACCUGGACAGGUUCACUGCCACCCCAGUCCCCACACUCCACUUGACCAGGUGUGGGGCAGCACCUGAACUGACCCAGCGUCAGUGGCCAGGGCGGCUGGCUCUCAAUGGACAGAGACAUUCCAGCUUGCCAAAGUUGUGUCCCAGAGUUCACCCUGCCAAGAUUCUGUCCCCACCCCUCAUUAACACUCAUGCCUUAUGGAGACCAUGGCCCUGAGGGAAUAGAAG